AUGCGAACUUUGGCACUGCCCAGAGCUCAGUGUUGUAAAAGUGUUCUGCUCUGCUCUGGAUGGAAUGCACUGACAGGUCUAGACCUGAACUUCCGCAUAGACCAGGAAACUAAAGUAACAGUCGUUGAGUCAGAUGCAGUCCAACUCAACAUCCAACCCUUCAUGAGUUGUGGUGUUUGUUCAGUAUUAUUAGAGAGAACUAGACAUAAUUGACAUCCAAGAACCUGCUAUUAUUCUAUCGAUAAGUGGAAAAGGAUUACACAGGUAUCAAAGAUGGACGACAUAGACGCUAUGUUCAGUGACUUAUUGGGGGAGAUGGAUCUCCUCACACAGAGUCUUGGGGUUGAAACGCUGCCCCCAGAGUCACCUUCUAGCUCAAGCAAAGAAAUGAACUUCUCCAUGGGCUUCGCUGAUAUGAACGUCGAAUCCCUGAAUGAACUGGAGGAAAAUGACUUGGACGCACUAAUGGCUGAUUUGAUGGCCGACCUCAAUGAUACAGAGGAGAAGCUGACGGCGGAGCUAGGAGGGCAGAAAGAGACUAAAGCGCCACCCCCGGACCUACCUCCCGCUCCGCAUGGGCUCAGCUUCUCCCCAGUCCCCUCACUCUCAACCCCCACCUCGCCUGAGAGUGGCCCCAACACCGUUAGCUCCCCACUAGCUGACUCCCCCGCACCCAUUCUCUCGCCACCUACGCUUCCACAGCAUGCUAAGCCCUCCAUGGAAGAAAUAGAGGCACAAAUGAAAGCAGACAAAAUCAAACUGGCUUUGGAGAAGCUGAAAGAGGCCAAAGUCAAAAAGCUGGUGGUGAAAGUUGUGAUGAAUGACGGUAGCUCCAAGACACUGAUGGUGGAUGAGAGACAGACAGUGAGGGAUGUUCUGGACAACCUGUUUGAGAAGACCCACUGUGACUGCAACGUGGACUGGAGCCUGUCUGAGACCAACCCCGAGCUGCAGCUUGAAAGGGGUUUUGAAGACCAUGAGAACCUAGUAGACCCACUAUCUGCAUGGACAAGGGACAGUGAAAACAAAGUUCUCUUCCAAGAGAGAUCAGACAAAUAUGAAUUCUUCAAAAACCCUCAGAACUUUUAUCAGUGGAAGAAGGACAAGAAAACUCUCAAAGACAUGAAAGACAGAGACAAGGAGUUACUUGUGGAGGAGAACUUCUGUGGGACCUCCAUCAUCGUGCCUGACUUAGAGGGGGUGCUCUAUCUCAGGGAGGAUGGCAAGAAGUCGUGGAAACAGCGCCUCUUCCUGCUGCGGGCCUCUGGAAUUUAUUAUGUACCCAAAGGGAAGAGCAAGACAUCUCGUGACCUGGUGUGUUUCGUCCAGUUCGACAAUGUAAAUGUCUACUAUGGCAAAGACUUCAAAAACAAAUACAAGGCCCCAACAGAUUUCUGUUUUGUUCUGAAGCACCCCCAGAUCCAGAAAGAGUCUCAGUAUAUUAAAUAUCUGUGCUGUGAUGAUGCCUGGACCAUGACUCUCUGGGUGACAGCAAUACGCAUCGCAAAGUAUGGGAAGUCUCUGUAUGAAAACUACAAAACUUCGAUGAAGAAGGCUGCAGUCACCACUGCGUGGACCAACCGCACCAGCACUACAACGUCCACUCCGUCAACACCUUCCCCUACCACCAAAGCCAAAGCUUCUGGUCAGGCCAAUGGACAUGCUCCCCAGCCCCCUGCAGAACCUGUGGCCAAGGUUGGCAAUGCACCCCCUCCACCACCACCCCUGUUACCUACACAGAUCCUCCCCCCGCCACCCCCUGACCCAGUGCUGACCCCACCACCACCGCCCCUGGCUGCCAAGAGAAGCCCACCAUCAACCUCUGUCCCACGACAACUACCCAGCCUGCCCACCAAAUUCCCCCCAUCACCGACAUCCAUGGACAACCUCCCUCCACCACCUCCACCUCUCUCCCAGGACGACGGCCCAGAGUUACCUCCAGACUUCCUCCCUCCCCCACCUCCAGCUCUUGGAUUCGGUCCAGGUGCCGGCUCGUUACCCCCUCCACAUCCAGUCAGCUUCCUACCCCCACCACCACCGGACCCAGGUUUUCCCCUACCACCUCCACCACCUGAUCCUACCUUCUGCCCUGUGACCAACAGGGGUUCCUUACCAGCACCUCCGCCUCGCCAGUCCUAUAUAGGGGCUGGAGCACCCCCCCCUCCACCUCCGCCCCCACCUUCCUCUGCCCCAGCAGGGUUCCGAUCGACCCCAUCGGUGAGGAAAACAGGCCCCCCUCCACCCAAGAGGACUACACCACCACUAGCAGCGCCCGGGGGCGGGGACUUCAUGUCAGAACUAGCCAAGGCUAUGGCUAAGAAACGUGGCAAUCAGUAAACAGGGGAUUGGUCCACACACUCAACCCUUACAUUCAGGAAAAUCAACCACCGGUGACAGUAGUUGAUACAGACUUUUAAAGGAAAGAAUAUUGCAGAUAUGAUUAAGAACAGCAACUACUUUAUGUUUACUAUACUGUAAGUGAUAAAUUAGUUGGGAAGUUAUUUGUUUGUGAGACGGAGAGGCUUUUUACAUCAAAGAGAUUUAUUCAACUACUGUGUAAAGUGGGGUCACUUUAUAUUAAUGUUAAUCACCAACUGUGGAGCAGCAGGAGGCUCAAGGUUAGUAAGCGGGUUGCCGGUUCAAAUCCGAUGGCCGACAAGGAAAAUCUGGCGGUUGAUCUUAAGCCAAAAACCGUCAUCUACUGACAAUGUUUGUCGCAGUUGAUCCAAUCACUUUAUGAGACAUGAACUGUAUUGUACAUGUACUGUACAUACUGUAACUAGUUCUGUAUUUGGGCCGAGGGUUAUGUGUAAAUAGUGUAUAAAUACACAUUUCUCAUCAAGAUCAUUUGACUCCGAGAAUAGACGUGUUCCCAAUCUGCUCUUGUCUGAAUAAAUAUAUUAUACCAUAUUUCAAAUUAA